AAACCAAAAGAGAGCUGGAGCGCGCGCGUGUGUAGAGAUGCGGUCGCUCACCUCAGUCAUGGCUUGAUGAUGCCUUGAUCAAUUCCAUUUUGCAUUCGAAUAUGCUCGCCUCGUGUGGUGCGUUCGAAUAUGCCUGUGCGUCAAACGCCAAGUGGGAACCACUGACUUCCGUCCACUCCCUUCUCCAGCUCCUGCUCUUCUUUGUUCGCCUCGCGCGAGUGAGCGAGUAGCCUCAAUCGAUUCGAUUCGAUUCGAUUCAACCAAAGCAAAGGAAUACCGGAAGGGGAUUAAAUUGCCGCAAGGACGAGGCAAGGAUGGCGAGGGCGGCGCCCAUCCUCGCCGUGUCCAAGCCGUCUCCUCUCCCUCUAAUCGCCCCGUCGUCACGCCCCCGGGCUGGGUGGUCCCUUCACCUGCAUCGCCGCCGCCUCCUCCCACUCUCGUCGUCGUCGUCAUGCAGCACCAGCGCCAGCGCCUCUUCCUCCCCCCCCUCGUCGCCGGUCUUGCUGCGGGACGACGAGCUGGAGCACCAGGAGGAGCCCCCGCCCGCUUCGGAGGCCGACUCGCGGCCCCGCCGCAUCGCGCUCUUCGUCGAGCCCUCCCCCUUCGCCUACGUCUCCGGCUACAAGAACCGCUUCCAGAACUUCAUCAAGUACCUCCGCGAGAUGGGCGACGAGGUCAUCGUCAUCACCACCCACGAGGGCGUGCCCGACGAGUUCCACGGCGCCAAGCUCAUCGGGUCCUGGAGCUUCCCUUGCCCCUGGUAUCAGAAGGUCCCGCUCUCGCUCGCCCUCAGCCCCAGAAUCAUUGGAGAGGUCGCUAGGUUCAAGCCCGACAUUAUCCACGCCUCUUCCCCUGGAAUCAUGGUAUUCGGCGCCCUAAUCAUCGCAAAGUUGCUAUGCGUCCCUCUAGUGAUGUCCUACCACACCCAUGUUCCAAUUUAUAUUCCAAGGUAUACAUUCAGCUGGCUUGUCAAGCCCAUGUGGCUAGUUAUAAAAUUCUUGCACCGAGCUGCGGAUCUCACACUGGUACCAUCAGUCGCUAUUGGCAGGGACCUUCAAGCUGCCCGUGUUACAGCAGCCAAUAAGAUACGCCUUUGGAACAAGGGUGUGGAUUCAGAAAGCUUCCAUCCUCGUUUCCGUAAUCAGGAAAUGAGGUCAAGGUUAACGAAUGGUGAACCAGACAAGCCACUGAUAAUCUAUGUUGGACGCUUAGGAGUUGAGAAAAGCUUGGAUUUUCAUAAGCGAGUCAUGGACCGACUUCCAGGAUCAAGAAUUGCAUUCAUUGGAGAUGGCCCAUUCAGGCCUGAACUUGAAGAGAUGUUUUCAGGAAUGCCUGCAGUGUUCACAGGGACAUUGCAAGGGGAAGAACUGUCACAGGCCUAUGCCAGUGGGGAUGUGUUUGUGAUGCCUUCUGAGUCCGAGACGCUGGGUUUUGUUGUGUUGGAGGCAAUGUCAUCCGGAGUCCCGGUGGUCGCUGCUCGAGCUGGAGGCAUACCUGACAUUAUACCUGAGGAUCAGGAAGGAAAGACCAGCUUUCUGUACACACCAGGUGAUGUGGAUGACUGUGUUGGGAAGGUUGAACUCCUGCUCUCCUGUGAAGAGUUGAGAGAGACAAUGGGGAAGGCCGCCAGGAAGGAGAUGGAGAAAUUCGGCUGGAAGGCGGCGACGAGGAAGAUUCGGAACGAGCAGUACAGUGCCGCAAUUUGGUUCUGGCGCAAGAAGAGAUCGCAGCUGCUGAGACCUCUCCAGUGGGUGUUCCGGAGGCUCUUCAGGCCCGCUCCUGCUCCUGCUCCUGCCCCCGCCAUAACAAAUCAGUCAUAGGAGAUUCGUUGUAUUCAAGUCCUAGAAUCAAUCAACCAUUCUGUUGAGUCCAUCAGUUUGGCCAACCCGAAAGAUAGAAAGAAUCAUGGGACACCUAAUGUGAAUAUGUAAUGCUCAAUUAAAUUGCAGCCAACAGAAGUAACUCCAGUUUGCUCCGGUGGCAGGUUGUAAAUGUAUACUGCUUGCUAUUCAUCAACUUGGCCAAA